CCGUCGCCCCCUGGCCGCCUCACCCUCCCACUGUCCCCACACAGGCCUGACUUCUCAACGUCCCGCGCCCCUGACCGCCGGGCUUCGCUCGGCCCCGCCUCCAGGCCGCUCCGCCUUUUCACUGCGCGUGCGCACAACGUCACACACCCGGAAGCGGAGAGCCGCGAGCAGAGGUCUCAGCGCAAAAUUCGUGUUACCUGAGGGUGAAGCCCAGAAGAGGAGGAACAUGAAAGAAAACAAGUCAGGCAUGACUCUUUCUCAGACACAGUUGACUGUUGAGGAUGUGGACAUCAAGUUCACUCCAGAGGAGUGGGAAUGCCUGGACCCUGCUCAGAGGGCCUUGUACUGGGAUGUGAUGGAGGAGACCUACAGGAACCUGCUGUUUGUGGAUGUGUCUCAUAUACAUAUGACCAAGAAAUUACAAGCAAAAGGAAACAGUGGAAAAGGAAAAAAUUUUCAAACAAUGAUGUUUGGAAGAGCUGAAACCCAUGAAAUCAAAGAUUUUUUCCUCAGGAAGAUAGAGGAAACUGUGCAUGGUUUUGAGUGUCUGUGGACAGAUGAUGAAAGAAGUGACAAUGGAAUAUCUAUAUCCCAUAACAAAAAUCUCACUGAUGGAAAAGAUCAUCAGAGUAGAAAUGAUGCAGCAGAUAAGCCUGUUGAAAGGCUCGGAUCAAGCUUUCAUGAUGAAUCUGAAGGGACAAUUUUUGAAUGUAGUCGAGUUGUGACGAAUAUCAACAGUAGCACCUCAGUUUUGCCAAUUCAGAGAACUUGUAGUGUCCGCAAAAGCAUUUCUUAUAAACAUGAGAGUCCUGUUGUGCAUCCCUCAGAACAGGCCCCAGACUGGGAAGCAUACAAGAAAAAAUCUUACAAAACUCGUGAUUGUGGCAUAACCUUUCUUCAGCACUCAGAACUCACUAGACAUCAAAGAAUCCUUACAGGAAGAAAACCAUAUAAAGCUGACAUAGGUGGCAAGGCCUUUAAUGAUAAUGAGAGCCUUGCAGUUCAUCAGAGAAAUCAUACUGGAGAGAAACUGUAUAAAUGUGAUGUAUGUGGCCACAGCUUUAAACAGAACACAGCCCUUCAAAUUCAUCUGAGAGUACAUACUGGAGAGAGACCAUAUAAAUGUGAUAUAUGUGGCCACUCCUUUAAGCACAAGACACACCUUCAAAAUCAUGGGAGAACUCAUACUGGAGAGAAGCCAUAUAAAUGUGAUGUGUGUGGAAAGGCCUUUACUCGCAAAGAAAGCUGUGCACUUCAUCAGAUCCUUCAUACUGGAGAGAAACCAUAUAAAUGUGAUGUAUGUGGCCGUGGCUAUACUCGAAAGUCACAACUUAGAAUUCAUCGAAGAGUUCAUACUGGAGAGAAGCCAUAUACAUGUGAUGUGUGUGGAAAGACCUUUUCUCGCAAGGAAGGCUGUGCACUUCAUCAGAUCCUUCAUACUGGAGAGAAACCAUAUAAAUGUGAUGUGUGUGGCCGUGGCUAUAUUCGAAAGUCACAACUUGGAAUUCAUCAGAGAAUUCAUACUGGAGAGAAACCAUAUAAAUGUGAUGUCUGUGGAAAGGCUUUUACUCGUAAAGAAAGCCAUGCACUUCAUCAGAUCCUUCAUACUGGAGAAAAACCAUAUAAAUGUGAUGUGUGUGGACAGGCGUUUACUCGCAAAGAAAGCCAUGCACUUCAUAAGAUCCUUCAUACUGGAGAGAAACCAUAUAAAUGUGAUGUAUGUGGCCGUGGCUAUACUCGAAGCACACAACUUGCAGUUCAUUGGAGACUUCAUACUGGAGAGAAACCAUAUCAAUGUGAUGUAUGUGGCCAUGGCUAUCAUCGAAAGUCACAACUUGUCAUUCAUCAGAGAAUUCAUACAAGAGAGAAUCCUUAUAAAUGUAAUGUAUGUGGCUGUAGCUUUACUGGAAAAAGACAACUUAGAAUUCAUUGGAGAAUUCAUACUGAAGUGAAAUCUUACACAUGUAACAAUUGUGGUAAACAUUUUUUUUCACUGUUUUCCUUAAAUAAACAUCAAGCAGUUCAAACAGAUGAGAAAGCAUGUAAAUGUAAUUUGUGUGGCAAAAUGUUCAGUUCCAGGUGUUAUUUAGCAGUUCACCAGAGAACUCAUACUGGAGAAAAACCAUAUAAAUGUGAUGUGUGUGGAAAGGCAUUUACUCGCAAACAAAGCCAUUCACUUCAUCAGAUCCUUCAUACUGGAGAGAAACCGUAUAAAUGUGAUAGGUGUGGCCAUGGAUAUACUCGAAAGUCACGACUUGUAAUUCAUCACAGAGUUCAUACUGGAGAGAACCCUUAUAAAUGUGAUGUAUGUGGCUGUGACUUGAAUGAAAAGAGACAACUUAGAACUCAUCAUAGAAGUCAUACUGAAGUGAAAUCUUACAAAUGUAAUACCUGUGGCAAAAGUUUUUUUGCACUGUCAUCCUUAAAUAAACAUCAGGCAGUUCAAACAGAUGAGAAAGCAUGUAAAUGUAAUUUGUGUGGCAAAAUAUUCAGUUCCAGGUGUUAUUUAGCAGUUCAUCAGAGAACUCAUACUGGAGAGAAACCAUAUAAAUGUGAUUUAUGUGGCUGUGGCUAUCCUCGAAAGUCACAACUUGUAAUUCAUCAGAGAAUCCAUGCUGGAGAGAAUCCUUAUAAAUGUGAUGUUUGUGGCUGUGGUUUUACUGGAAACAGACAACUUAGAACUCAUCAGAGAAUUCAUACUGAGGUGAAAUCUUACAAGUGUAACAACUGUGGCAAACGUUUUUUUGCACUAUCAUCCUUAAGUAAACAUCAGGCAGUUCAAAUAGAUGAGAAAGCAUGUAAAUGUAAUUUGUGUGGCAAAAUAUUCAGUUCUAGGUGUUCCUUAGCAGUUCAUCAGAGAAUUCAUAUUGGAGAGAAACCAUAUAAAUGUAUUGUGUGUGGCUGUGGCUAUGCUCGAAAGUCACAACUUGGAAUUCAUCAGAAAGUUCAUACUGGAGAGAAGCCAUAUAAAUGUGAUGUAUGUGGCUGUGACUUUACUGGAAGGAGACAACUUAGAAAUCAUCAGAGAAUUCAUACUGAAGUGAAAUCUUACAAGUGUAACAACUGUGGCAAACUUUUUUUUGCACUGUCAUCCUUAAAUAAACAUCAGGCAGUUCAGUCAGAUGAGAAAGCAUGUAAAUGUAAUUUGUGUGGCAAAAUGUUCAGUUCCAAGUGUUGUUUAGCAGUUCAUCAGAGAACUCAUACUGGAGAGAAACCAUAUAAAUGUGAUGUAUGUGGAAAGGCCUUUACUCGCAAAGAAAGCCAUGCACUUCAUCAGAUCCUUCAUACUGGAGAGAAACCAUAUAAAUGUGAAGUCUGUGGCCAUGGCUAUACUCGAAAGUCACAACUUGAAAUUCAUCAGAGAGUUCAUACUGGAGAGAAGCCAUAUAAAUGUGAUGUGUGUGGAAAGGCCUUUACUCGCAAAGAAAGCCAUGCACUUCAUCAGAUCCUUCAUACUGGAGAGAAACCAUAUAAAUGUGAUGUAUGUGGCCGUGGCUAUAUUCGAAAGUCAAAGCUUGGAAUUCAUCAGAGAAUUCAUACUGGAGAGAAUUCAUAUAAAUGUGAUGUAUGUGGCCGUGGCUUUACCGGAAACAGACAACUUGGAAUUCAUCGGAGAAUUCAUACUGAAGUGAAACCCUUCCAAUGUAACAGCUGUGACAAACGUUUUUUCACUCGGGCGUCCUUAAAAAUACAUGAAGUAGUUCAUACAGAUGAGAAAGCACGUAAAUGUACUUUAUGUGGCAAAGUCUUCAGUUCCAGGUGUUACCUCGCAGUUCAUCAGAGAACUCAUACUGGAGAGAAACCAUAUAAAUGUGAUGUGUGUGGAAAGGCCUUUACGCGCAAAGAAAGCCAUGCAGUUCAUCAGAUCCUUCAUACUGGAGAGAAACCAUAUAAAUGUGAUGUAUGUGGCCGUGGCUAUACUCGAAGCACACAACUUGCAGUUCAUCACAGGGUUCAUACUGGAGAGAAACCAUAUAAAUGUGAUGUAUGUGGCAAAGCCUUUAGAGUAAAUGGCAGCCUUACAUCUCAUCGGAAAAUUCAUUGCCGAGAGAAACCAUAUAAAUGUGAUGUAUGUGGCAAGGCCUUUAGUGUAAAUGGAAGCCUUAGAACGCAUCAGAAAAUUCAUACUGGAGAGAAACCAUAUAAAUGUGAUGUGUGUGGCAAGGCCUUUAGAGUAAACGGAACCCUUACAUCGCAUCAGAAAAUUCAUACUGGAGAGAAACCAUAUAAGUGUGAUGUAUGUGGUAAGGCGUUUACUAUAAAUGGAAGCCUUGCAACUCAUCGGAAAAUUCAUACUGGAGAGAAACCAUAUAAAUGUGAUAUAUGUGGCAAGGCCUUUAGUUUAAAUGGAAGCCUCACAUAUCAUCAGAAAAUUCAUUCCGACGAGAAACCAUACAAAUGUGAUGUAUGUGGCAAGGCCUUUAGAGUAAAAGGAAGCCUUACAUCUCAUCAGAAAAUUCAUACUGGAUAGAAAGCAUAUAGAUGUGAUGUACGUGGCAAGGUCUUUAGUUUCAAAUCAACCCUUGCAUUUCAUCACAGAAUUCAUAUUGCAGGGAAAUGUUACAAAUUAACAAUGGUGACAGAGGUUUUAGUGCACAGUCAUCCUUAUCUCUCCAUCAGGCAGUUCAUACAAGAGAAAAGCAUAGAAAUGUACCUAUGUUCUCCCAUUCUGAAGGCUGUCUUUUCACCUUGCUAAUAGUUUCCUUUGAUGUGCAGAAGCUUUUACGGUUAAUUAGGUCCCAUUUGUUUAUUUUUGCUUUUAUUUCCAAUAUUCUGG